GUAAGAGGGAGGGAAAAGAGAAGAACAGAGAGACAAGCAGGACCAAAGUCCCAGUUUCCUCUCCCUUCUUUCUCCCAGAGACUCCAGGGUGAGAUCAACAGAUAGCAAGCAUGCUGUCCCUCAGCACCCUGUCCAUCCUCCUCGUCCUGCUUCUCCUCCACCCCCCACAGCUGUCUGCACAGGAUGUGCAGAUACGUCUUGCAGGGGAAGGUCGACGAAAUGCAAACGAGGGACGUGUGGAGGUGUUCUACAAUGGAGCGUGGGGCACGGUGUGCGACGAUGAGGUGGAUAUCAAGCUUGCCAAUGUGCUGUGCAGGCAGCUGGGCUUCCAGCGCAGCUUCACCUGGGCACACAGUGCCAAGUUUGGUCAAGGACAAGGUCCGAUCUGGUUAGACAAUGUUCACUGUCAGGGCUCGGAGGCUUCUGUUGCACAGUGCCAGUUCAGCGGUUGGGGAAUCAACGACUGCACCCAUGCUGAGGAUCUGGGUGUCAUCUGCAGCCCAGAAAGAAGACCUGGCUUCCCCCCUGCCACUUUGGAGGAGGCACCUUCAUCUUCAGGUCAACAGCCGAGACAGCAAAGACAAAGAAACCAACCGUCAACCCCGGCACAGCCUGCGGCUCAAGCCAACAUUCCCUCGUACUCAGCAAGAGGCCACGAGAUCGCCCUUCAUCGCAGCACCUCCUCUUCACGUCGCGGAGGCGUUUCCCCAAGGGAAAAUGGCCAUGAGAUCCAGAUUUCUAGGCGAAAUCGAGGUGGUUCAACACCGAGCCAACAGGCCAACCCGGCAUUGCCCCAAGGUCACCAGCUGCCCUCACGCUUGGUGAACAGCGACGCCUACAGGCAGAGGCUGGAAACGGCAAGGAGAAGGCCACAGACUGAGAGGCAGGAGCCUGAUGUGCAAGUGGACAGGGAGCCCCAACCUCAGCCUCCUGCCCAGAUCCACUCUGAGAGAAGGAGCAACACGCAUCAGCAGCUCAGCGGAAACCAUGUGGAACCAGACCCAGUUUUUCCAGACGCAGAUCUGGAGAAUGAUGCACAAUACACACAGGGAUCUGGAAGGAUUAACCUGGAGGAGGUUCGUAUUCAGCCCGUGCUGUCCAGCAACCGAGGUGGUCUCGUGACAGAGGGAGUCCUGCAAGUGAAGCAUGCUGGGAAGUGGCGUCAUGUGUGCGACCAGGGAUGGGACCUGAGAAACAGCCGUGUCGUGUGUGGCAUGUUGGGGUUUCCGGCAGCAGAGCCGUUUGACCAAAAUGCUUACAGGAAACUUUGGAACUCUAAGUUAGCGGAUCCUUCAUCAAGGCUGAGAACCCAGAUCAGUAAGAAGGCUUACUGGGUGGAGAAGGUGCAGUGUCAGGGUGUGGAGGUGUCCUUAGCGCAGUGUCCUGCUCAGCUGUCCCUCCCCAGGAGUGAUGUUCCAUGCAGGGGGGGCAUGCACGCCGUGGUCCGCUGUGUCCCAGGAUAUCAGUUCGCGCGUAACGGCAGAGCUCCUGCUCCCCCUCCUGUCACGCCUGUCGUCCGCCUGAAGGCCGGGCCCCGUCUGGGAGAGGGCCGUGUCGAGGUCAUGAAAGAGGGAAAGUGGGGCACAGUGUGCGACCACCUGUGGGACCUGAACGCAGCCAACGUGGUCUGCAGAGAGCUGGGUUUUGGCUCGGCUAAAGAGGCGCUCAUCGGGGCUCAACUUGGACAGGGUACUGGUCCGAUCCACAUGAACAGUGUCCAGUGCACAGGCAGGGAGAAGUCGAUCAUGGAUUGCGCGUAUAAACCUGUACCACUUUACACCUGCAAACAUACUCAGGAUGUAGCGGUCCGCUGCAAUGUGCCCGACAGUGGCAUUCAAACAAGCGUGCGUCUGGUAGGGGGGAGAGACCGUGGAGAGGGCCGCGUGGAGGUGCUGAUAGAGGUCGGAGGAACAAUGCGGUGGGGCUCAGUUUGCAGCGAGAACUUUGGCCUCAAUGAAGCCAUGGUGGUCUGCCGGCAGCUCGGCUUGGGAUUUGCCUCCAGAGCUCAUGAGGAGACCUGGUUCUGGCAGGGAUCCCCCGAUGCCAGGGAGGUGGUGCUCAGCGGGACUCACUGCGUGGGCACGGAGAUGUCCAUCCAGCAGUGUCGCAAGAACGGUCAUGUCUACUGUCCCCGAGGAGGAGACGGCAGAGCUGCAGGAGUGACAUGUGUGGAGACUGCUCCUGACCUGGUUGUGGAUGCCCAGCUCGUCCAGGAGACGGCCUACCUGGAGGACCGACCUCUUCACCUGCUGACUUGUGCUAACGAGGAGAACUGCCUUUCUUCCUCUGCGGCCAGGAUGAACUGGCCCUACGGACACCGCAGACUGCUACGCUUCUCCUCCCGCAUUAUGAACAUGGGCAUGGCUGACUUCAGACCACGAGCCACCAGGGAGAGCUGGGUCUGGCAUCAGUGUCACAGACACUACCACAGUAUCGAGGUGUUCACCCACUACGAUCUGCUGACCCUCAACGGGACGAAAGUGGCUGAAGGUCACAAAGCCAGUUUCUGCCUUGAGGACACUUACUGCCCCGAUGGUAUCCAUAAACGAUACGCUUGCUACAACUGGGGCCAGCAGGGCAUCUCUGUCGGCUGCUGGGACACGUACCGCCAUGACAUCGACUGUCAGUGGGUCGAUAUCACAGAUGUCCGACCUGGUGAAUACAUCUUUCAGGUUGAGGUGAACCCGACCAUGGAUAUGACCGAGUCUGAUUUCCAAAACAAUGUGAUGCGCUGCAGGUGCAAGUACGACGGAGCACGAGUUUACCUCUUCCGCUGCCAUGCAGCUGAUGCCUACAGCGCCGAAGAGGAGGACUUAUUCGACCACCAGCGUCAACUUUCCAACAACAACUUGUGAACUAGGGAGCGCGUAGAUUUAACAACUGUACGACUCUUCUCCGGCCCUCAGAUGUCAGGCGAUGAAGAGUGAACGACAGUAAAUAAAAAAAGAGCAGAGGCAGAGUGGAGAAAGUGAGAGGAAGGAAAGGACAGAAAUUGCUUUUUAGGAUCCUGUGGUAGAACGUUGUGAGAAGGUUUUGUAUUUGUUUGAAAAUUAAAUAGGAAUAAAGAACAAAUGUAGAAA